GCGAACGCCCGCUGAGCUGGGUCUCGCUGCUGGGUGCGCGGCGGCGGAGAGCGAGGCCUGGUGAGCACCGGCGCUGGCCGGCUGUUGGAGCUUGUGCGCGGGAGAGGUACGGCGGGCCGGCAAGCGAGCGAGCGGCCCACCCCAGCAUCGGCACCGGGAUCGGUUGCCUUGAGCCUGAAAUCAUGACUACCCCAGGAAAAGAGAACUUUCGCCUGAAAAGUUACAAAAAUAAGUCCCUGAAUCCUGAUGAAAUGCGCAGGAGGAGGGAGGAAGAGGGACUGCAGUUACGUAAGCAGAAAAGAGAAGAGCAGUUAUUCAAGCGAAGAAAUGUUGCUACAGCAGAGGAAGAAACAGAAGAAGAAGUUAUGUCGGAUGGAGGCUUCCAUGAGGCUCAGAUUAAUAACAUGGAGAUGGCACCAGGUGGUGUUAUUACUUCCGACAUGAUCGAAAUGAUAUUUUCCAAUAGCCCAGAGCAACAGCUUUCAGCAACACAGAAAUUCAGGAAAUUGCUUUCAAAAGAACCUAAUCCUCCUAUUGAUGAAGUCAUCAGCACACCAGGAGUAGUGGCCAGGUUUGUGGAGUUCCUCAAGCGAAAAGAGAACUGUACACUGCAGUUUGAAUCAGCUUGGGUAUUGACAAAUAUUGCUUCAGGAAAUUCUCUUCAGACCCGGAUUGUGAUUCAGGCAGGAGCUGUGCCUAUCUUCAUAGAGUUGCUCAGCUCAGAGUUUGAAGAUGUCCAGGAGCAGGCAGUCUGGGCUCUUGGCAACAUUGCUGGAGAUAGUACCAUGUGCAGAGACUAUGUCUUAGACUGCAACAUUCUUCCCCCUCUUUUGCAGUUAUUUUCAAAGCAAAACCGCCUGACCAUGACCCGGAAUGCAGUAUGGGCUUUGUCUAAUCUCUGUAGAGGGAAAAGUCCACCUCCAGAAUUUGCAAAGGUUUCCCCCUGUCUGAAUGUGCUUUCCUGGUUGUUAUUUGUCAGUGACACUGACGUACUGGCUGAUGCCUGCUGGGCCCUCUCAUAUCUGUCAGAUGGACCUAAUGAUAAAAUUCAAGCCGUCAUUGAUGCAGGAGUAUGUAGGAGACUUGUGGAGCUGUUGAUGCAUAAUGAUUAUAAAGUGGUUUCUCCUGCUUUGCGGGCUGUGGGAAACAUCGUCACAGGCGAUGAUAUUCAGACACAGGUAAUUUUGAAUUGCUCAGCUCUGCAGAGUUUAUUGCAUUUGCUGAGUAGCCCAAAGGAAUCUAUCAAAAAGGAAGCAUGUUGGACAAUAUCUAAUAUCACAGCUGGAAAUAGAGCACAGAUUCAGACUGUGAUAGAUGCCAACAUUUUUCCAGCCCUCAUUAGUAUAUUACAAACCGCUGAGUUUCGGACAAGGAAAGAAGCAGCUUGGGCCAUCACAAAUGCAACUUCUGGAGGAUCAGCUGAACAGAUCAAGUACCUCGUAGAACUCGGUUGUAUCAAGCCACUUUGUGAUCUCCUUACAGUCAUGGACUCUAAGAUUGUACAGGUUGCCCUAAAUGGCUUGGAAAAUAUCCUGAGGCUUGGAGAACAAGAAGCCAAAAGGAAUGGCACUGGCAUCAACCCUUACUGCGCUUUGAUUGAAGAAGCAUAUGGUCUGGAUAAAAUUGAGUUCUUACAGAGUCAUGAAAACCAGGAGAUCUACCAGAAGGCCUUUGAUCUUAUCGAGCAUUACUUUGGGACCGAGGAUGAGGACAGCAGCAUUGCACCCCAGGUUGACCUUAGCCAGCAGCAGUACAUCUUCCAGCAGUGUGAGGCUCCUAUGGAAGGUUUCCAGCUUUGAAGCAAUACUCUGCUUUCAUGUUCCUGUGUCAGACCAGGCUACCCAGUCAAGUCCUCUUGUGGAGCCCACAGUCCUCAUGGAGCUAACUUCUCAAAUGUUUUCCAUAAUACUGUUUGCGCUCAUUUGCUUGCCUUGCGCACCUGCUCUCUUACACACAUCUGGAAAACCUCUGGCUCUCUGUGGUGGAAUACCCUUCUAAUAAAAAGGGUAACCAGAACGGCCCACUCUUAUGGAAAAUCCCUAGGCUUUGGAGAUCUGCACUUAUAUAAGAGUCAUGGGAUUAUACACAUAUUAAUGUGGCUCCCUUUCUUUGUGGGGGAAAAAGAGGACUCCUCCUUCCCUUUAAAGUGGGGAAAAACACUGAUAUUAAGAGAUGAGACUAAACCUUUAUCUUGAAUUUCACACAACUACUUGCAACAAGGGAGAUGUUUAGACCUGUUGUGUACACUUCAGAGUACUUUUCAUGAGUUCUUCCACAGUGAACCCUUGGAUUACCUGGUGGCUUUUCUAGCCAAAUUUGCAUUAAUCCUUACUGAGACUGGAUGGUUUUCUUUCCUCUAUUGGCGCCAUUCUUCACAGAUAUUAAAGUUAAACCAUCCGCUCCCUCACCUUCAGCCUUCAGUGAAUGUGCUUUCUAGUUGUCAGGAAUGCUGAAGAAUUAACACUUUGACUCUUAAAUGUGAUACUGGUUUGAAGAUUCCCUUAGAGCAGCAAGGAGAGGGGCACAUUAAUUUGUAUGGCUAUUGCUUCUCUUUGGUCUUAUGUGUCUUAGGAUUUGGAAGUGGUUCGAUUCUAAUGCUGGUAUGAAGAGUUAGAAUCCUUAGUAAUCGAAACAAUAUCCUGUACUUCAAUAAAAAAGUAAAAAAAACAACAACAAAAAACAAAAAAUCCCUCCAAUUUUCCCAGACUCAACCAGUGUGACUAGAGGCUGUGUUUCUGCAUUAAAACAAAUGUUUCAGGCUUUGUGGUCCUGAUCAAGGUCCUCAUUAAAUUGGAGUUCACCCUAGGUGCUUUUCCCCUCUGUGACUGGCAGAUAACACAUACUUUUAAAGGUUACUUAGGGAAACUUUUUUUUCUUAGCCCGGUGCAGCUUGAUUCUAAUGUAUUCAUGCUGCAUAUAUGAUCCUUUUAAUGUAGCAUCCUUAUCUUAAAUAAUCAUCUUCUCAACAUGACCUAUUCAACCCAAAUAAGGGCAGGGAUUUUUUUUUUUUUAAUAUAACCUCAUUGUUCCCUAAUCAUUUCAUCUACUAGUACUGCCCAGUCAAGUCCACCCAUAAAAUAAAAAGUUUCUAUCUUCUGGCUCAUUUAAUGAUAACCGCAAUGUACCUGCAAAUGGCGCUUCCAGUACUGUCUUCAGUGAUCCACAUUUGUGCUUGGACUGGAAUGAAAAUAUAAGCUUAAUUGCCAAGAGAACUGCAACUGAGUUCAAUAUGACUUCUUGGUGCUAGUUGGCCAUCUUGACUCAAUGUUGGGACACACUAUCAGAGAAGAUUUUUUUGUUGAUAUGCUGUUCAAAAUGAAUUCUGAAGGAAAAGUCGCUCACUUCUGUUUCAGAGAAUACCCUUUUAAACCUCUUUAAUCUUGUCCUCUUCUAGAAUUCAUUAUAACCCCAAAAUGUAACUUUAUGGAAGUCCCCUGACAGGUUAUUAUACAUCUCUGGUAAAUCCUGCUGAAUGUUAGGGAUAUUCAGAGCUUUCAUACCUCAUCAUGUUGUUAUUUAAACAGCCAACUUACGUGACCUGAUUUAAACUUUAAAAAAAUCCACUUCAUUCAAAGUAGAAAGAUACAAAGGACAUUUAUCAGCCAAGUGUGUGACACAUUCUUCGCAUCUAGUCUGUAGUUGUGUCUGUGCUCUGGAUGGAUACCGUCUGAUGUCUGUCUGUUACUGAUGGAGCAGCCACUGCAAAACUAGUCAACUCCCAUCUAUAACUUUUUCUAGUGCUGCUUUGUGCUGAAAGGACAUUUUAGUUUACUGCACUUGACCUGUAAAAGACUUUGAUUCUUUGUAAUUUUAGGGACAAAUUAGGUGGUUAAUUUAAAGAAAAACUUUCAGUUUUGCCUUUACAUCACAUUAAAAUAUAACUUCUUUCAGAAGGGUAAUAGAAGCACUGAUUCAUAGUAAAAAUCUUGUUUUUAGCUUUGACUUUUUUUGUGGCUGAAUUUUUUUAACCUGUACAUCACUGGUAACACGUCAUUUCUCUAGGAUGUUUUAAAUUAUGUACCUUCUAUUGGAUAAUUUUAAAAAUUUCAAUUCAUUUUUGAUAAACCAGUUUGAAUGGAAAAAGGAUAAAGCCCACAAAGUUGUUUCUCCAGGUUAGUAAGAAGAGCAUACACUGGGAGUUUUGCAAUUGCAGGUGUCUCAGUGAAUGAAUUAAACAAAGUCCAUUUAACUGUUGUGGUCCAUUUUCUGUUGUAAACAGGAAUUUAUCUUGCUCCUGUCUUGGAAGUUCAUGAGCGAUGAGCUAAAUUUUUUUUGCAAUAAAAUGUUCUUAAUAUAAAAAUUGGAAUUAACUAAAAGUUAAAUCCCAGCAUAACUGUUGGAACUGAUAAAGCAGCCUUUUUGGUUAUAGAAAUGAAUGAGACUUCAGGAGGUAACUAAGUCCUCAUUUUAGUUCUCUGCCUGGCAGAUUCUAUUAAUUUACAUUGAAUUUAUUGAAACCCUAUCACUAAGAUGUUACUCAUUACAAAAGCAUGUUAAUUUCAACACAGGAAAACUCUCCUGCAAUAUAUACUAACCAGGGGGGAAAGUAGCUUGAUUAUCCACCCCCCCCCUUUUUCCUCCUCCGCACUUUCAAAGUAUAUUCAAUGAAAACUUAGGUGGGGAAAAAAAAGCAUUGAAAGCAUUUAGGAUAUAAAGGCACCCUAUAUUUGAAGGACCAGCAGGGUAGAUAUGGUUAGAUUGAGAAAAACCAGGAAAGGAAAACAGAUUAAGGAGAGAGUUUUCUAUGGAACACUUUAAUUCAUGUUCUUGUCAUUAAGUAAGGGCCCUUUUAAACCUUUGUCAGCUAUACUGUUUUUGAAAACUAUUGCCCUAGGAUUGUUUCUUCCAUCUGCCAGAUAAAGCUAAAUGGGCUCUGGGCCAUUUUUUCAUAUCGUCACAAAUAUAAGCAAUGACAAUUACCCCAUAAUAAAUUUGAAUUAUUAUUGCAGAUUGUUGCUGAUUUUGCCUGAGAAAAAAUAUGUAAUAUAUUUUAGAAACCAAACUAUUGUCAAUUAAAUCCUGUUGUACCUGGCCACUCACAGGCAACUUUGAAUUUACUUCUCUAGUGCUAAACGAACAUUUCAGUUAUUUAUAAUCUCCCAGUUUGGGGUUGCAUUAUGAAAGGGUUUUCCUCAAGUUGAAAGAUUUUUCUUUCUUGCUGAUUAGUUUUGUGAACAUUUUUUCUAUCAGUAGGCAAGUCAUUGCAUAUUGAUGUUUUAGGGCUUGGGGCUUUUCAUUAUAGGAAAUCUUGAUGUGUUAAGGAUGUUUUUCAGUAAAGAAAAGGGAUCUACUUUUAGAAAGGGGCAUUGUUUGCUUUUCAUAUUUAUAUACUAUGUUCUACCUCCUACAUUCCAAAAUUUGCUCAUUUGAGAAAUAGGUAUACCUAUCUAUCUAUAUAUGAAGUCUCAAAUCUGAAUUUUUUGCCAUCUGAAAUUAAUAGAGCCACUUUCAUCUGUUGUUAGUUGAGCACAGUAAAUACGUAUCUGCCAUGCUGGGAAAUAUUUUUGGCUACCUUUCUCUAUCAAAAGUUAAAGUUACCGAGCACCUGGCUGGCUCAGUGGGUAAAGCAUGUGACUCCUGAUCCCAGGGUCGUGAGUUCAAACCCCACGCUGGG